CUUUUGUUUUUGUCUGCUGUACAUGUGUGUGUGAGACCUGGUCCAAUGAGCCACCAGGAGCAUUAUGGGAUGUAGUAGGACUGUGCAGUGACCCCCCCAUUGGACUGAAACAGUGUGUACGUCAGCCUGAACACUCGUCCUCGUGCACACACACAGACACACACCUCUCAGAGGGUCAUGCCUGUGUUCAGUGGCCUCCUGAAGGUCCGGGUGUGUGAGGCGGUGGACCUGAAGCCCACUCCAUGGGCCCUGCGCCACGCUGUGGGAAAGAGUGGCUCCUUCCUGCUGGACCCCUACCUGGCCCUCAACCUGGACCACACCCGGCUGGGCCAGACCGCCACCAGAACCAAAACCAACAGCCCGGCCUGGCACCAAGAGUUUUGCACUGAGGUUCGCGAGGGCAGGAGCCUGGAGCUGUCCGUAUUCCACGAUGCACCCAUCGGCUAUGACGAUUUUGUCGCCAACUGCACCAUCCAGCUGGAAGACCUGCUGCAGAACGGAACCAGGCACUAUGAAGACUGGAUUGAUUUGGAACCAGAGGGGAAGGUGUAUGUGGUCAUUGAUCUGUCUGGAUCAUCCACUGAGGCCUCAGGAGCCAAUGAUAAUGAGGAGAGAGUAUUCCGUGAGAGAAUUGGUCCUCGCCGCCGACAGGGGGCGGUCCGAAGACGCGUCCAUCAAGUUAACGGACACAAGUUCAUGGCCACCUACUUGAGACAACCUACGUACUGCUCACACUGCAGAGAUUUUAUAUGGGGCGUGCUGGGAAAGCAGGGAUACCAGUGUCAGGUGUGCACAUGCGUGGUCCACAAACGCUGUCAUGAGCUUAUUAUCACUAAGUGUGCUGGGAUGAAGAAGCAGGAGGACACGCCAGAGGAGGUGGGAUCACAGCGAUUCAGUGUUAACAUGCCGCAUAAAUUCAGUAUCCACAAUUACAAAGUUCCCACCUUCUGUGACCACUGUGGCUCCCUGCUGUGGGGACUCAUGAGGCAGGGCCUCCAGUGCAAAGUGUGUAAGAUGAAUGUACACCGGCGAUGUGAGACCAAUGUAGCUCCUAAUUGUGGCGUGGACGCCCGGGGAAUCGCUAAGGUCCUGUCUGACCUGGGAGUCACGCCUGAUAAGAUUUCCAACACUGCACAGCGCAGGAGGAAGUUGACUCCAGGGCAGGACCCUCCUCAGUCUCCUCCUGAGCUCUCUCAGACCGAGGAAAACAGCUUUAACCAGCCAGCUGUGCCCACCUCGCCCUCCCAGCAGGACUUGGCAGAAUUAGAGCGCCUGCAGGAUGUGCUGUCACUGGACCAGCAGGGACCCCAGCACUCUUCCUCCUCCUCCACCUCCUCCUCGUCCUCAUCUUCCACCACCUCCUCUUCCUCGACGUCGUCCUCGGGAUGCAGAGAGAAUGGACAGAGCCAGCGGAGGACCCUCAAGGACUUCAACUUUAUCAAAGUUCUUGGCAAAGGCAGCUUUGGCAAGGUGAUGCUGGCGGAACUAAAGGGGUCAGAGGAGGUUUUUGCCGUCAAAGUGCUGAAGAAGGACGUGAUCCUGCAGGAUGACGACGUGGACUGCACCAUGACCGAGAAGCGCAUCCUGGCCCUGGCUCGUCGACACCCCUACCUCACCCAGCUGUACUGCUGCUUCCAGACACGGGACCGUUUGUUUUUUGUAAUGGAAUAUGUAAACGGAGGAGAUCUGAUGUUCCAGAUCCAGCGAUCCAGGAAGUUUGAUGAGCCUCGUUCUCGAUUUUAUGCUGCUGAAGUCACCUCAGCCCUCAUGUUCCUGCACCGAAAUGGAGUUAUCUACAGGGAUCUGAAGCUGGAUAAUAUCCUGUUGGAUGCAGAGGGCCACUGCAAGCUGGCAGACUUCGGCAUGUGCAAAGAGGGCAUCAUGAACGGAGUGACCACCACCACCUUCUGUGGCACGCCAGACUACAUCGCCCCUGAGAUCCUGCAGGAGCUGGAGUACGGCGCCUCUGUGGACUGGUGGGCUCUGGGCGUGCUGAUGUAUGAGAUGAUGGCUGGACAGCCUCCCUUUGAAGCUGAUAAUGAAGACGACUUGUUUGAGUCGAUUCUCCAUGACGACGUCCUCUACCCCGUCUGGCUCAGCAAAGAGGCCGUUUCUAUCCUUAGAGCGUUUAUGACCAAGAACCCAGCCAAGCGCCUGGGCUGCGUGGUGAGCCAGGGCUGUGAGGAGGCCAUCAAGACCCACGCGUUCUUCAGAGAGAUAGACUGGGUCCUGCUGGAGCAGAGGAAAAUCAAACCACCCUUUAAACCCCGGAUUAAGACAAAACGAGAUGUGAAUAAUUUUGAUCAGGACUUCACUAAGGAGGAUCCCGUGUUGACACCCACAGACGAGGCCAUCAUACGACAAAUCAACCAGGAAGAGUUCAAGGACUUCUCCUACUGCGCGCCCGAGGAGACGCACACCUAAUGCGCACGCACGCUGACACCAAACGUGGCGCUUAUGGCAAGCCGUUUUAACAUUAAGAAAAAGGUUUCUCUGGAUCAUAACACAGCUCCAUAAUGCAUUUUGACUACUUCUAAGUACAAGAUGACUCAUCAAAUUCAUAACUUAAGAUGUCUUUAAAUAUGUUUUGACUGGUCAGACUUCUAUUUCAGGUUUCUAUGAUGACGUCACAGAUAUCAAAGCUGAAGUCGACAUGUCUUGAUGG